UUGUUUUCGAACUGCGUUGCUGUCAGGGUCAAAUUAAGUGUAAACUCAUUCUAAGAACAUGAACUCACGUCUGUAAUAAAAAAGUAAACUUGAUGUGAUGUUUCUAAAUAAAGAAACAAAGUAUCGUUAAAAUAUCCUGUGUAAUCUGUCCAUAAUCGCGAGGAUUGUUUAUAACCUCCCUUUUUUGACAGCAGCAAUGGAAAUAAAUCCACUGAGUAUUAUUCUCGUGAAAAGCGACAGUAAAGGAGACAGGAUGCUUUUUCGUUAUCCUCAUACGACAAAUAAUCAAAGAGAUUCUAGUCAGUGCACCAAAAGAAAGAAUCCUUAUUCAUUAAUCAUCAACGAAGAUUUGCUGCAGUUGCCAUUUCCUACUUCGAACAUAACAAAUGGAAAUCUCACCGGAUUAUCUGACGAAGUACUUUCAACUUUAUUCGCCGUUAAGCCAGAAUUGUGUGAAUUAAAAUUUGAGUUAAAAGUAAACAAUGUACGUUUUGUUGGACACCCGACACUUUUGUCUUCGCGAGGAUUGAAGGAAGUCAAUUCCUCGAUGUUGUUCAAUGUCGUUUUCGCUCUUCAAGCUCAAGCUAGUCAUUCCGUUGUGAAAUGUUACUACGAUCUCAGUAGAAGACUUGGUAUAGCUUUGAGGCACGAAGAAAAACGAUGUGGUUUUCUUAGCGAGGAAAUUAAAAUGAUGGUCUCGACUCAUGAUGAAGUUGCUGCUCGGUCAGAGGAGGAAAGUGAUGGCGAUGAAUCGCCUUACGAAUUAAUUCUCCAAAGAAGUUCCCUUGCCCGAGAUUUAAAGUCAGUUUUUAAUAGUUUGAGCACAACUGGAAUCAUCAAUAUAAUGAUUAACAAAUGGAUUCAAGUGAGCUUUUGCCUGCCUCAAAAAGUUCAUCAGUCCCACAAAAAAGGUCUCAUCAUGAAUCCAGAAAUGAUAGACAGAUGCUUGAGCAGCUUAAGACCUUACCACGGGUUAUUGCUCUUAAUUGAACCUCUAGAAUUAUUGGAAUCGCUGCCAACUGAUGCCUCUCCGGCUUUGAGACGUAUGGUUCACAUGUACAAUCCCCUGAAAAGUUUACAGACUUUAGCUGCUGAUUCGGAUCUCACAUUGUCCCAAGUUUUCCAAUUAACGGGACACUUGGUUUAUUGGGCUAAAGCUACCAUUAUUUAUCCUCUCUGCGAAAGUAAUGUUUAUGUUGUUUCGCCAGAUGCUGUUAUCGCGAGUCAGUUGAUGGAAAUGUUUUCUGAGCAAUUUCCAGGAUUAUGUCUUUUACAGGUCCUUAGCGAGUUUUCAUUGCCGACUUCCAUUAGCCAGAAAUUAAAUCCUUUGAAUCAACCGCAACAACAGACUCAACUUGUAAAAAUUAUUAUUUGGCUAUUGAAAUAUCAUCUUUUGUUACAAUUGCACACUUAUGUGCAAUACAUGCCAACAGUUCAGGGCCGAAACACUAAGGAUGCAAAGUCUUCAGACACAUCGAGUCCGACUGGAACAGUAGAGAAUGAAAAUGGACAACAGCAGGAAGACAGUAGUUGGAGUUUAAGUGAUACGCCAAAAGGGACACCUAGUGAUUCAAAAACUGAUAUGCCUUUAUCCAUUCACAAGGAGGAUGGAAUUUUCGAUUAUCAGGCAGAAAAUUAUCCCAUUCCCUCAGAUGAUAUGAUUCUUUUGGACAAACUUUGCCGUCUCGGUUACUUUCGAGGUGGACAUCAUCUCGAAGAAAUCAUGUAUUUAGAAAACAUUCGGAGAUCGCAAUUAUUGCAGAUUCUGGAUAAGUUUCGGGACAUACUUAUCACUUGUGAAAAUGAAGAUCCUGCAAUUGCUCUUUUUUAUUCCCAGUUCGGUUCUCAAUGAAAACGAAAUUUAUUUUCUGAAAGCUAUCUGUAAAGGUAUUAAUAACGAUUAUCUUGUAUAUAGUGUACAAAAGUAUUUAAGAUUUUAGACUUUUAUAAAUUAGAAAUAUAGUUUCUAUAGUCGAUUAAGGGGAGAAUG